GUGGUUUUAGAUUUUCGUGAUGUCUUCUUCGAAAGUUUUGCACUCAAACUCAGUUUCUUAUAGGUCACCAAUUGGAGUUAUUUCUCUUUGCUUUUCUCAUCGAGGAUUCCUCCGUGAAGUGACCUUAAUGAACCAAACGAUCUCCACUGGUUUUCAAGAAAAUCAAAUUUCAAGCGGACCAUUCGAAAUUCAUGGUCAUGAAGACGCGCAAUGUAAAUGUUUAGAAUGGCUAGAUGAAUAUUUCGAAGGGAAAAUCAUUGAUCAUAACAGAUUGAUUGAUUUCAUUGACAUGGGUGAUCUCAGUGAAUUUUCAAAAACUGUACUGAAAACUUUGCUCAAAAAAGUUUCUUAUGGGCAGGUAAUAUCUUAUGCUAUGCUCUCUGAAUUAAGCACGGGAAGCACAUCAUCUGCGCGUGCUGUGGGAAAUGCUUUAAGGCACAAUCCAUUUCCAAUUUUUGUUCCAUGUCACCGUGUUGUAAAAUCUUCUUACUUCACCAGAUCAAACUCAAUCAAAGGUGUAGGUGGCUACUGUGGUCAAAAGUCUAGUUUUGUUAAAGAGUGGUUGAUUAUGCAUGAAUCAUCUAAUGCUGCCGACAAGAAGCCAUGAAUUUUUUGCCUAUGUUUUUUUAAUUUAUUGUGGUCCCU